AUGAGCAGUGAACAGAAUGAGGAGAAUGUUCUCCAUGCCUUAGAAAAUUUUUAUAAAUUGAUUAAAGGAGCUGAGUGGAUCACCAGCUUCUUAAAAACAGAAACAUUUCAACUGGUUCAGUUUGAGAUGCAAAUGAUGGGAAGAAAGUUAAAAGCAAUUUUCCAUCCCUUUGUUCAGAAUUACCAGGUGGCUCAUCCAGGUUGUUGUCCCCUCAUGAUGCUCUCAGAAGAUUCCCUGUUGGAUCUUUAUAUCAGGCUUGAGAAGAAAAUAAAAAUGGAACAAUUUAGGCCAAAUAUUAUGUUGACUAGUUUCAGCGCUUCUGAGGAAGCUACCUGGGAUGAAAUCUUCAUUGGGAGUAUGGAAAUAAACAAGAUUUUGUCUUGCUCCAGAUGUAUCAUGUUAACAGUGGACCCAGACACUGGGAUUAUCACCAGGAAAGAGCCCCUAGAAACAUUGAAAAGCUACUACCUCUGUGAUCCAUUAGAGCAGCAUAUAUACAGGUCAUCCCCACUCUUUGGGAUGUAUUUUUCAGUAGAAAAAAUUGUAAGGCUAAAAGUUGGUGACCCUGUGUACCUGAUAACUCAGUAG